AUGAGGGAAGGAAUCUGCUCUGUGUUUUUCCUGGUGAUUGGGGUGACCUUGCUCAGUGGCCUCCGCUGCCUGGGUGAACACAAGUCUUUGGAUGGCAGCAUUGUCAUUGAGGAGGUGGAAAGGUCCAUGCCCCCACACCUUAUCUUUAUCAUGGUGGACGACCAGGGUUACGGAGACAUUGGCUACCAUGGCUCAGAUAUCCACACUCCUAUGUUGGACCAGCUGGCAGCAGAGGGGGUGAAACUUGAAAAUUACUACGUUCAGCCUAUCUGCUCACCCUCUCGAAGUCAACUCAUGACAGGACGCUACCAAAUUCACACUGGACUCCAGCAUUCGAUCAUCCGAUCACGCCAACCCCUCUGCCUGCCUCCGGACAUCCCUACUCUGCCAGAGCGUCUUGUAGACGCUGGAUAUGCCACAUACAUGGUGGGGAAAUGGCACCUGGGCUUCUGCAGGCCGAGCUGCCUACCCACAGGACGUGGCUUUCAGAGUUUCCUGGGCACACUGACUGGCAGUGGAGACCACUUCUCCUAUCGGAGCUGUGACGGAGCCGAAGCUUGUGGAUUUGACCUGCAUGACGGAGACAGGCCUGCCUGGGAGAUGGCCGGCAACUACUCCACUCUGCUCUACAUAGAGAGAGUGAAGCAGAUCCUGAGGAGCCAUGACCCCAACAAACCACUGUUCCUCUAUCUGUCUCUUCAGGCUCCCCAUGCACCCUUGCAGGUACCGGACCAUUUUCUGCACCACUAUGAUUCCCAGGGCAAUCGUCUCAGGCGCCACUACGCCGCCAUGCUGAGCUGUCUGGAUGACGGGGUUGGACAAGUGGUCCAGGAACUGAAGACUAGUGGGCUCUAUCAGAACUCAGUACUGAUCUACUCAACUGAUAACGGUGGGCAGCCACUCUCUGGGGGGAGCAACUGGCCGCUGAGAGGUGGCAAAGGGACCUACUGGGAAGGAGGCAUCCGUGCUGUGGGCUUUGUCCAUAGUCCCCUCCUGAAGAAGAAGGGUAAAGUCAGCAGAGCACUGAUCCACGUUUCUGACUGGUAUCCCACAUUACUGGGACUGGCCGGGGCCUUGCAGUCCCACCAUGGCCUAGACGGUCACGAUAUGUGGGGAACCAUCAGCGAGGGCCUUCCCUGUCCUCGCACUGAAAUCCUUUUCAACAUUGACCCAGUCUCCAGGAAGCCUGGGGAGCCGUAUGACAAGGCGUUGGUACUCAAUGGAUUUGGGAUCUGGGACACAGCCGUAAGGGCAGCGAUAAGGGCUGGGGACUGGAAGCUAUUGACAGGAAAUGUGGGUGACGGGGACUGGAUACCACCACAGGCUCUUCCCGUUGGUCCAGAACGGUGGCAGAAACUCGAGAAGCGGCGCAAUGAGCUGGGGAAGUCAGUUUGGCUGUUUAAUGUCACUUCUGACCCUUACGAGAGGUCAGACCUGGCAGAAGCUCAUCCAGAGGUAGUGAAACAUCUUCUGACAAGACUGGCAGAGUACAACCAGACAGCUGUGAUGCCAAGGAAUCCACCAGAUGAUCCUAUGGCUGACCCUGAGUUCCAUGGAGGGGUGUGGAGCCCCUGGCUGAGCCUGGAGGGACAGGAGGGGGAUAAUGGAGAGGACGGUAGGAAAGAGAGGAUGGUGAAGAUUAAGCAAUGCAGAGUAUGUAAAUUAAAAGCCCUCUUCAAGAAGGUGGGGUCACGCCUGCAGAGGAACACCCUGUUCUUCUAA